AUGGGUCACGAUGUUACUGUCGCUGACGAAUUUGCAGGAGUGGUGGUCGCCCAUUUCAUAGUCGGGAACACAUACGACUAUACCAACGAGACAUGGAUGAAUGAUAUCAAUAUCGCAUCAUCGAGUAAUAUAGAUGGGUUCGCGUUGAAUGUUGGUGCAGACCCUUGGCAGCCUUCAAGGGUCCAGGAUGCAUAUGAUGCUGCUGCCAGUUUCGUUGGCGAUUUCAAACUAUUCAUAUCGUUCGACAUGACAUCUCUACCAUGCUCCGAAUCUAAUGAUGCAAUACUCUUGCGUUCAUAUAUUACUAACUACACUUCACAUCCAAACCAGUUAUACGUUGAUGGAAAGCAAAUGGUGUCCACCUUUUCCGGAGAAAACUGCACAUUUGGAACCACAGAUUUUAAUCAAGGAUGGAUGAAUGCACUCAAGGACGGUGGACUACUAGAUCUUUCAUUCAUACCGGCCUUCUUCAUCCCACCUGCAACUCUUCCAAAUGUGACUGUAGCCGAUGGAGCGUUUAAUUGGAACGCUGCUUGGCCUGAAGGUGACAGCGACAUUACUUUCAACUCGGACAGCGAAUACAUAGCAAACCUUGGCGGGCGUGCCUACAUGGCAAGCGUGUCCCCGUGGUUUUUCACACACUAUGGAUCAAACUCGUACGACAAAAACUUCAUUUACCGUGGGGACGAUUGGCUCAUUGCUGAGCGCUGGGAGCUAUUGGUGCAGAAUAUGGCUGACAUCUCAGUCGUUCAAAUCAUAUCAUGGAAUGAUUACGGGGAAUCCCACUAUGUCGGACCUAUGGAAGGUAGUCUUGCCGGAUCUCAAGCUUGGACUGAUGGGUUUGAUCAUCAAGAAUGGUUGACCCUAAUGAGAUUGUACCCCGCCAUGGCUGAGGCCCCAGAUCCUGUUGGUGUCCCAAUGAACGCCGCUUACACUCAAGACUACCUUUGGGCUAUGGCUUUCCUCGCAACGCCAGGGAACGUUGUACUUACGUGCGGCUCUACGACAGAGACUUGGCAACUGUCAAGUGGCGUGUCCAAACUAAAGUUACCGCUCAGCUCCUCGUGUAGCGUCCAAGCAUCGAUCAGUAAAGAUGGUGUCACAACUUUGAAACUCAAUCCACCUGGAUUCGAUUUCUCAACGAAUCCGCCGUCGUACAAUUUUAAUGCUUUCGUAGCCGGAUCUUCACCACUCAUCUCUACCCCACCUACAUCUGAAAAAGUAAUCAACGAGCAGGAAACAAGAGAUGAUAAUGCCGGUGCAAAAGCGAGAAUACCUGGAUGAAUCAGUAAACACGGAUAAUAUAAUAACUUACAAUAUGUGACUGCCCGUAAAAUGUGGGUGGCAACUGUGGCAACAAGUGAUAAAGUCAUAAAACAAGAAUAAAAUAAAAACUCACAUUUUAUCCACAGCACCAGGGUUGCUAUACCGUUAUAUGACCACCAAAUUAGCAACAUUGUAUGGCCAGAUUAUCAGAGCUGAAUGACAGGGCUUGGUUAGUUGACUAUAGUGCGACAGCC